AUGGGGGGCGCACGCAUACCAACUGGCGCGGUCGUCUGCUUUGUUGACUUUGCCGCCGCGUUCGAUUGCGUCCAUCGUGAGUCCGUAUGGCGGAUAAUGACACUAGAUGGUGUACCGCCAAACAUCAUCUCCUUGAUCAAGGCCUAUUAUCGCUCCACCACCGCGCGAGCCCUGGUCCACAACUAUCUUUCCCAACCGUUCGGUAUUCGGUCUGGCGUUCGACAGGGCUGUAUCCUGUCGCCCAUUCUGUUCAACUACGCUAUUGACCGGAUUCUCGGGAAGGCCCUACACGAAGGUGACGGUGUUGAGUUUGUACCCGGAGACACUGACUGA